AUGAAUCCUAAUGAAAGUUUUUUAUCAACUAUUUCAACAACAAAUACAGGAACACCGCUUAAUGAUGUUAAGGCAUUGGCCAGGAUCAUGGCUAACGUAGUGGAUAUGCAACAACAUCUUGUUAGCCAAUAUCAGACAGUUGCGAAUUUGUUGGAAUCCUUGAAGGUCGAGGUACAUAGUUCCACCCAGUCAGUUCGAGAAGAGCUGAAGUCAAUCCGAGAUGAGUUGAGGAGGACUGAUGUUACCCAUGCUAAUGAGAUCACACGCCUCAUGGAACUCGUGAAGAUGUUAGUGCAAGCAAAGGACCAAAGUAGCAGUGCUCCCCAAUCGCAACCUCCCCCGCCAGAAGCACUGCGAAUGACACCAGCCCAGCUAGCGUACGCCAAUGCUGCUCCACCAGGCAGUUUCUUCGGAACACCUGCUGGAUCGUUCAAUGACCUUGCAGCUCAAGCCCAGGCUCAUUAUGCGGCUUGUUAUCUGCAGCAACUUCAAGAGCAACAAAGAAUGCGUUCGGCUGGUAUGCAAGCAACAGGCUUUUUCGGUAAUCAACCCUCCAUUAAUAUGGGCGGUAUUGGUGGUAUUCCUGGGGCGUUUUCGCAAAGUCAGCACCCAGCGGCAGCGGCAGCACCUCCAUUGGCACCUCCAGCUGUAGCUGCUGCUCCGAAGCCGUCAGCCGGCGGUGUUUUAGGUACUGUGCCACCAGUUACAGCAGCUGCUCCUGUUCCUUCAUCUAGUACUGGUUUCCCCAUCACAUUCACUUCCACUGCCCCUGUGACAACAGCUGCUUCGUUGCCUUCGUCUGCCCCCUCGGUUACAUCUACUUCUUCGGUGCCAAGCUACUACUGCAACAUCUGGUACGUUCCAUUUUUCUGUUCACUUGUAGCCUCUCUGAUGUGA